AGUUACACAGCUUACGUAUACAUCAACUUCUUUCAAGUUAUUUUACGCAUGUUUGCACAUAAUUUCACAGAUUUCAGGAUAACAAAUGCAUAGUGAAAUUUUUAUAAGUAUCGUUUGUCACGGCUUGAUUUAGUUUUGCUUUUGUUUCUCCUGCAGAAUACCGAAUGAGAAAUAUCCUCUUAUUUUAAAUGGCGAUAACAGCAGCUCUCACUGUUCUCCUCACUCUCAAACAUGUUGCAUGUAGUCAGUUAGAAGAUGUGAUUAUUGAUCGAUACUUCAUACCAACACACUGCUCGAGAGAGGUUCAGAUCGGAGAUUAUGUUCGGUAUCAAUAUAACGGCACAUUCGAGGACGGACGGAAGUUUGACUCCAGCUUGGAUAAGGGUUUUCCAUUUGUGGGGCAGGUGGGUGUGGAAUCUAAAGUCAUUCCAGGUUUGGAUAAAGGAGUUCAGGGCAUGUGUGUAAACGAGCGAAGAAAGAUCACCAUACCUUCUCACCUUGCAUAUGGAGUCUUGGGAGCUGGUUUAGUAAUCCCACCUGAUGCAACGUUGGUGUUUGAUGUGCUUUUGCUGGAUUUGUGGAAUAAAGAAGACAAGGUUCAAAUUCGUACGCUUCACAAACAGCAGAACUGCAAAAGGACAGUGAUGCCCAGAGACUUUGUCCGUUAUCAUUACAAUGGAUCUUUGUUAGUGGGAAACCUAUUUGAUUCCAGCCAUCUUCGAAACUCAACAUAUGACACAUAUGUGGGGCAGGGCAGUCUCAUCAGAGGCAUGGAGGAAGGCCUUCUGGGCAUGUGUGUUGGGGAGAGGAGAUUGAUUAUUAUCCCACCAUUUCUGGCUUAUGAUGACAAAGGAUAUGGUACAAAGGUCCCUCCAUAUGCAACUCUAGUUUUUGACGUGUUACUGGUGGACGUGUAUAACGUGAAGGAUGAUGUGAAUGUGGAGGUUCAAAAGAUCCCACAGCCAUGCCGGAGAAGGGCAGUGGUGGGAGAUUUCAUACGCUACCAUUAUAAUGGAACCUUUCAAGACGGCACUGUCUUCGAUUCCAGUUAUUCUCGAAACAGCACUUACAACACGUUUAUUGGCAUGGGCUAUGUGAUUGCUGGCAUUGACAAAGCCCUGCAGGGGGUCUGUGUGGGUGAGUGGAGACGAGUCACUGUGCCGCCUCAUCUGGCCUAUGGAGAGAAUGGAUCAGGUGAGCUGAUCCCAGGAUCUGCCGUGCUCAUCUUUGACCUGCAUAUCAUUGACUUUCACAACCCUAAAGACCAAGUGGACAUCAAAGUGAUCUACAAACCAGCUGACUGCAACCUGACAAGUGCUGCAAAUGACCUGAUUAUGUACCGCUACAACUGCUCUCUGCUGGAUGCCACACAUCUCUAUUCUUCAGAUGAUUUCCCAGAACCCCCACGUGUCACGUUAGGUCAAGGGAAGUUGAUCGCCGGUCUGGAUGAAGGUUUGCAGGGCAUGUGUGUAUUAGAAAGGAGAGAGAUCACUGUGCCGCCCCACCUUGCACACGGCACCAAUGGAGCAUUGGGUGUACCCAGUAGUGCAGUGUUGCUGUUUGAGCUGGAAUUGCUACAGCUGCAGAAGGGUGUUCCUGAGGGCUUUUUGUUCAUAUGGCUGCAGGACAGUCCUGAGCCACUGUUUCCUGCCAUGGACAUGAACCAAGACCAGGAGGUACCACUGGAAGAGUUUUCAGCAUUCAUUAAGCUACAGGUGGCUGAAGGCAGGGGCCGCCUCCACCCAGGAGUAGACAGUGACGUUAUCCUAAGGGACAUGUUCAAAAAGCAAGAUCGCAAUGCAGAUGGCAAGAUAACUGAAGACGAACUGAACAUCAUAGUAAAUGAGGAUGAUGAAGUGCCUAAACAUGAGGAGCUGUGAGGGCAACAUAGUUUUUUGAGUAAGAUUUUUGUAAUUCAAGUUGUAAUUGACUGACUAUGUCAGCUUGAUGUUGGGAUCCAUGGGUUCAGUAAUGGGUAAUGUUCUGAUGACAUAUAAUGCACUAUUAAAAAACAUAAAUUUCUAGCUGCAGUGUUUCAGAGGUUACAUUGGAAGAUUUGUUAUAAUAUGUGACCUUUCUGUGUCUUUUUUUCUGUCCAUUAAUCAAAUAACCAAUGUAACUGAACGAUGGGUUUGUUUAUAUAUAGCUGUUAUGCAGCUUCUAUGUCCCGAUCAGGUUUUUUGUGCCCCUGAUCCAGUCCGAGUCAUUGAAUUGAGUAUCUGCUGAUACAAAG